UUAUCGAUAGUGUAGCAGCCCUGGUUCCAUGCAAAUUGUGUUAAGAAAAGUGUCAGUUUAAUAUAAUUGAAAUAGUAAAGUAUAUUGUAUUGUUUUUGUGUGUGUGACGCCGCUUAACUUACAAUAAUUCGAAAUAAAAGCACACAACGCCCACGAGCAACGCGUUCUGUAUGCUUACCCCCCGAUAGCCACUAACAACAACAACAAUAGCAACAGCCACAACAACAACAACAACUGCCGCCGCAAAAUCAGCAGUAGCAGCAACUAGAGAAUUAGACAAAAACUGCAACAACAAAAACAGCAACAAAUCCACAUAAUCAUGGCGAACAUGGCAGUUCAACGUAUCAAGCGCGAAUUCAAAGAAGUAAUGCGCAGCGAGGAGAUCGUUCAGUGUUCGAUCAAAAUUGAGCUGGUCAACGACAGCUGGACAGAGUUGCGUGGAGAGAUUGCGGGACCGCCAGACACGCCCUACGAGGGCGGCAAAUUUGUGCUGGAAAUCAAAGUGCCCGAAACAUACCCAUUCAAUCCACCAAAAGUUCGUUUUAUAACACGCAUUUGGCAUCCGAACAUUUCGUCGGUGACUGGGGCCAUUUGCCUGGACAUACUGAAGGACAAUUGGGCAGCUGCGAUGACGUUGCGCACGGUGUUGUUGUCGCUGCAGGCGCUGCUCGCCGCUGCCGAGCCAGAUGAUCCGCAGGAUGCGGUGGUCGCCUAUCAGUUCAAGGAUAAACACGAACUGUUCGUGCUCACUGCCAGACACUGGACAAACGCGUAUGCGGGCGGACCGCACACGUUUCCCGAUUGUGAUUCAAAGAUACAGCGCCUCAAGGAUAUGGGCGUCGAUGAGCACGAUGCGCGUGCCGUGCUCUCCAAAGAGAAUUGGAAUCUGGAGAAGGCGACCGAGUGCCUAUUCAGUUAGCUUUGCGGCCAACUGAGAGUAACAGCAGCAACCGCAACAACAACAACACCAACACCAGCAAAAUACCAACCACAACAAUAAGGAGAGACAAAGAGAGAGCGAAGAGAACAGCAGAGAAGCGAAGAGAGAAGGAGGAGGAGCAGCAGCAGCAGCGUCAUUAGCAUAAUCAAUCAAGAACAACUCAAAAUUUUAGUACUGUUUGAAGCAGAUGAGGAAGAAGUAGAUGAGCAGGUGCCGCCUGAAACACAGCAACAAUCACAACAACAACAACAAGCAUCCAUAUACGAAAUACCAUCCCAACAACAAUUAGCAAACACCACGCACUCGCACUCACACACAAACCCGCACACACACACAGACAGAUCAACUUUAUUUAUUUAAUCUUUACUUUUGUUGUGUUUACAAUUUUCAAAAUCCAUUCAAUGUGUAAUUUAAGUUGUAUGCCUCCAAAUUGGAGGAAAAUUAUGUUGCAAUAUUUCACGUGCUGUGGCAACAAAUUAAAAAUGCGUAAAAUGCAUGCGAUUUAUAAUUAUUUUCUACUUUGGAGUGCACUACAUAAAUAUAUAUAUAUAAAUUAAUAAUUGUGUUGCGUUUCCUGCUACAGGUUGAGCCUAAGGCACCCACACCAACCCCACCCCCAAAAUACAUUUGAUUAUGUUGUAAUUAUACGAGUAUGUCUAGAACCCUGGGUUCCAAUUUGCGCAUCCGCAUUUAUUGUUAAGCAACAACAACAAAAAAAUAUAUAUGCAAAUUUAAGUUACAAAUACUUGCAACGCUUAUAAUAAUCAUACAAUAUUUGAUUUCUGUGUCUGGAUUAAUUUAUGGCAAAAACAACAGUGAAAAAAAGAAAGAAAAAAACUAAAGCAAAGAAAGGAAAAUUAAUUUUAAAAGUUAAAAAAAAAACAAUCUAUGAUAAAAAUCUUUGUAAAUUGCGUUAAGUUAAAUAAUAAACAACUAUUAAGAAAUGCA